UGGCCGCAGACGCGAUGGUUCGCGAUCAUGUCGGCUGCGGCUGCGGGACGUUGACCGUAAUACUUGUUGGUUGUUUGUGACGGGUUUCCGCUGGCGGAGGAAGCUGCCGCGGCGAGAGUUCAGUCAUGGCGGGAGGACUGGACGCUGUGAGGAAACGCCUGACACACUUCUCUCUGGAGGCUCACGAACUCUAUCUGAACCAAUCGGUGCCUUACUUGGAUCAGCUGCCCACCCCUCUGGAGUUUUACCGGGACUGGAUCUGUCCAAAUAAGCCCUGCAUCAUCCGGAACGCCAUCAAUCACUGGCCGGCUCUUUCUCGAUGGACUCCCUCAUACCUCAGAGAGAAGGUGGGGUCAAAGGUCAUCAGUGUGGCGGUGACACCUAAUGGCUACGCUGACGCUGUUAAUGGGGAUCGGUUUGUGAUGCCAGAGGAACGGGAGAUGACCUUCUCCUCUCUGCUGGAUGUGCUGGAAGGAAAGGUGAAGAAGAACGGAGUGUUUUAUGUGCAGAAGCAAUGCUCCAACCUGACGGAGGAACUUCCUGACCUGACGGAGGACGUGGAGCCUCACAUAUCUUGGAUGAGCCAGGCUCUGGGAAAACUUCCAGACGCCGUCAACUUCUGGCUUGGGGAGUCUGCUGCUGUCACCUCUAUGCAUAAGGAUCACUAUGAGAACCUGUACUGUGUUGUCUCUGGAGAGAAGCAGUUCAUCCUUCUACCGCCUACAGACCGCCCCUUCAUCCCCUACGGGUUGUACCAGACAGCUGUGUACAGACAGACAGACAGAGGAGACUUUGAGGUUUUGGAUCAGAUCGAUUCUGAGAAGGUGCCCUGGAUCCCGCUGGACCCUCUGAACCCGGACUUGGAUCGGUAUCCGGAUUACAGCCGGGCUCGACCGCUCCACUGCACAGUGAGGGCAGGAGAGAUGCUGUACCUCCCGUCUCUCUGGUUCCACCAUGUUCGCCAGUCCCACGGCUGCAUCGCAGGUCUUUGGACUGUGGGAGGAAACCGAAGCACCCGGAGGAAACCUGCGCAGACACGGAGAGAACAUGCAAACUCCACACAGAGACACAUAGGACGACCUGGGAUGACCCACCAAGGUUGGACUACCCCGGGGCUCGAACCCAGGACCUUCUUGCUGUGAGGCGACCGUGCUAACCACUGCGCCACCGUGCCGCCCUGUACCAGGCACACCUUUUGGAAUUAUGGCAGAAAGUUCAACCGUGGUCUCGUCAGACCAGAACACGUGUUUCCGCAUGGUUUUGGGAGACUGGAAGUUUCUUUUUUAGCAAAUUUAGCCGGGCUUGGAUGUUUUUUUUUUCUUCAUGUGAAAUGUCUUCCAUCUGGCCAUCCUACCCAUAGCCCAGACA